CCGUAACGUUCGGCCAGUGCCACGACCACGAUGGUGGGCUGGUGAAGAACGAGGAGCGCACAACAACCCAGCCGACCGGAGUGCGGAAUAAAUCCCAGCCCCAUUCCCAGCACAAGCAGACCUCCACAUCUCCAUGGAAUUUACAAGCCGUCCUCCUCCUCCUCCUAGAUAGCCAGCCCAACCCCCAAGGAAUUUCGUGCCCAGAACCGCCCGCUCCUAAUCUAACCUCGGGAGCUGCGAUCCGGUCUGCUUCGCGCUCGUAGGAGCAGCAUAUCUCCAUCGUCAUCACCAGUUUAGUCGUCGUCCUCGCAGGGAGUUCACAUGGUCUGCUGGUCUGACUCUGACUGUGGGGAGCAGCAGGCGUAAAUCUUCUUUGCCACCGCGACCGACCCCGGGUCCCGGCCCCGGCAAAAGUCCUCCUGCCUGCCGUUGCAUCUUCUCCGGCCGUUUCGGCUUUUCUCCCCCGCUGCCGCCGCAGAAAGCUCUCGAGCUCGCAAUCAAAUCUUCUUGCACUUUUCGCCCAGCCUUCCCCCCUCCUCUCUCCGGCUCUCCGCAGGCACUAGUAACUGCCCUGCUUCCUUAAAACCGGAGGGCAGUUACUCUGCCGCCAUUAAGCCCUGCUCCGGACCUCCGGUUUCCACUCUCUCGCCUCCGGCGGUCACAAUCCUCGCCUGCCCAUCCAGCGUUGAGCACCGAAGAAGAAAGAUAGCAGGGAAGGAGGAGGAGGAGGAGUAAAAGGGGACAGCUCUCUCCUUGACGCCUCCCCCUCUGCCCCUCCCCGUUCGGGAAACCUACCACCGAUUGCUCUCGCUCGCUCAGGUCCCGUCCCCAUCCGUCCACCCAUCCAUCGUCGUCUUCCUCCUCCCGAUUUCUCUUUCGAGGUCGGGUGAAAAGCUGCUUCCUCUUGUCUCUUCCUCCACAGGGUAGCGAGCGGAGCUUCUUGCGUCUUGGCUUUGAUUCUUUCCUGGCCCCUCUCAUCUGAUGGCUCCGGUUUAGGUCCCGGGUCCUCCUCACCUAAUCUUGUUUCUACUCCCGGUUGGUACCGCCAGCAGCCCCGCCCGCCUGCCUUGCCGGUCCAAGCAAUCCAUCGAUCUACCCUCCCUCCCUCCCUACCUACAUAGCCAGCCAGCCUCCACGCACACCUCCUCAGGCUUCUCCACAGUCACUUCAGACAUCAGACUUCAGACCAGUCCAUCUCACUGCUCUUUCCCAGAGCCUUCCUUCUCCGUGUGCUGGUUGCUGGGAGGUUAGGAGGCAGUGCUUGCUUGCUCGCUCGCUCGCUCGCUACCUUCAGGGGAGGGAGGCUUCGGAUGCUGCGCGUGCUGAUCGGCCCCUCAGAGGAUAAGAAGAACUUGCUCUGUUCUUGCUUGGACACCAAUCUCUGCUUCAACUGCUGCAUUUACUUUCAUGUAAUCAAGAUCAGAUUUUCCAGCAUUAACUAGAUUUUUGGUUCUUUGGCGAAGAUGGAGCUCGUCUAUUUGGAAAGGAGAAAUGGAUUACGCGGCGACAGCGCCGCUCCAGAGUUCAGUGGAAGGUCAGAAGAUGACCAUCAUCAACACCUGCCGGUUGUUGCACCUGAGGUUCAGUCUGAUCUGGCUCUGGUAAACUACAGGCAGACAUUUCCAUUAGAUGAGAGGAAGAGCAGGAGCUGCCAGUCAUGCCACAGGUCACCAUGCUGCUGCGGUGGCGACGCGCCUCGCCUGGACUUGUGCCCGACGCUUCCUGCCAAGAUGAUGAUCUUGGAGUUCCUGAUAAGAAGCCUGAGGCACCCAACAAGAACCCACAACGUGACUGAUCUCGACGACUUGAUCAGCGGCGGAGCCGGCACCGGGGAUGUCACUCUGGGUCCUUCGGACAAGAUGAUGCUGGACUCCUUACAUGCGCUGGUGAACGCCAAGACAAGACCGCCAAAGAGUCCCUCUUUCUUCCUUCCGGGGGCCAAGAUGAGGAAAACCAGGUCAAGAUCACACACCAUAACACAGUCAGAGAUACUGAAGCUGAUUUCCCCGGAGACAUGGGAGAUGUCCUCCCCCGGGGCAUCGUCGCCGUCGAAGAGAAGCGCGGCGGAGCUCGCCGCGCAUGAGGGCACGGCGCCUUCUUGCUCCGGCACGGCAUGUCUGAGGUCAAGUCAGCCUGGUCUGUCCUCAUACCCACCACCAUCAUCAUCUCUUAGUGCAGGCCUUCUGCAAUGUAUAUGGAAAGAUGGGCUCCCUCACUUUGAACUGUCACUGGACAAUCCUAUGGCGAUGUACACUGCAAGCCCUGUCAAGAAGCCACAUGGCGACGGCAAAGCCUCCGCCACCGACUAUGUCUACCUGUUCCAUUCAGACGAACAAGGGAAGAAGGACUGGAUGGGGAACUACUCGAGCGGCGUGUCGAAACUCGUCGGCAAGAUGAAGGUGUCAAGCUCUCUGGUGCUGGGCUCAGACGGGUCAGGCUGUGUGGAGACUGAGUUUGUCAUGUAUGGCUCCCCUGAUGACUACCUGAGGCAGAUGCAGAGCGCCUACAGUGCUGCAAAAGGCAAGGGGCUGGUGAAGAGGGUGGCAGAGAUCAUGAGGUCGCCCAAUGCUUCCUCCAGCCCGAAACAUGCUGCAUGGGGAAGGUUUGGCAGGCCUUCUUCCCCGCUGCGGUUCGACGACGAUGUGCGCGAAAUGCUCGACGCCGAACCGGGCGGCGCUGGAAAGGCGACAGGGUUGGUGAGCCUCGCCGCCGACGAUCUGCCGGCCAACCAGGAGGUGGCGGCGAUCGUGGUGAGGGAGCGGCGGGAAGAGCCGGCCGUCGUCGGCGGCUGGGGCCUCAAGUUCCUUGAGAAGGCCGAAGGAGCCGCUCAAUCAGAGAGCAGGAAUAAGAAGGCAAGGUGGUGCAUAAGCGCCAUUGUCCCAAGAGGCUACCACGGCGGCGUGGCUUCCGGGACUGGCGGCCCGUCGGGGCUCGUCGAGCGGUGGCGGAACGGCGGCCGCUGCGAGUGCGGCGGGUGGGACCUCGGCUGCCCCAUCAGAGUGCUGAGCAACGACGGCGGCGUGUCGUCGUCGCCUGAGGACGGUGCCAAAUCGGUGGAGCUGUCACCAACGGGGGCGAGGAGCGGCGGCGAGCCGGCGGUGAGGCUGGUGAGCGUCACUGAGGGCCUCUACAUCCUCUACUUCGACGCCGGCGUGGUCUCGCCGCUGCAGUGCUUCGCCGCCGGCGUAGCAGUGGUCCACAGCCAGGCGCCCCAGCUCCACCCAAAACUGUGAACCGUUUGUAGUUGGGUUGAAGAAACUGACCUUCUUGUAAGAUUGUUGACUUUCUCCUGAGAGAUAUGGCAGGCAAGUGCCCUAGAGCUCGGGCUGUUAAUUCAUCAGCUUUUCUGGAUGAAGGCUGAAAGCCUGAAACUGUAGGAAUCACAGCCCAUGUAAAAAAAAUGGUGCCGAUAUAAAGUGCACAGAUUUAUUCA